AUGGCUCCGAUUACCGAGUGCUUGAAGAAAGGAAAAUUUCAUUGGGGUGACGAAGCCAGCUUUGCUCUCAUCAAGGAAAAACUUUCCACGGCACCAAUACUGAUGCUCCCGAAUUUUGAAAAGGUAUUCGAACUAGACUGUGAUGCUUCUAGUGUAGGAAUUGGUGCUGUUCUUUCCGGGGAAGGUAAGCCUAUUGCUUAUUUUAGCGAGAAACUUAAUGAUGUUCGCAAGCGAUGGUCUACUUAUGAGCAAGAGUACUUUGCUGUAGUACGAGCUAUCAAGCAUUGGCAGCCCUAUCUUUAUCAACAUGAGUUUGUCCUUAACACUGACCAUCGGGCACUCAAAUAUAUUAAGAGCCAAAGACAUCUAAAUCGAAUGCAUGGACGAUGGGUCUCCUUUUUGGAGCAAUUCAAUUUCGUGCUUCGACACAAGGCGGGCCACUUGAACAAAGUCGGCGAUGCACUUAGCCGUCGUGCUGCAACACUUGUCACCAUGCGCACCGGCGUUGUGGGCUUUGACCACCUUUGUGCUCUUUAUGCCGAUGAUGAAGAUUUUCAGGAAAUUUGGGAAAAAUGUUUUGAGACAGGUUCUCACGGUGACAUGAUCGUUCGGGACAAAUUUUUAUUCUUUGGCAACGGGUUGUGCAUUCCUCGAAGCUCUUUGCGGGAACAACUUAUUCGAGAGCUGCAUGGUGGCUCCCUUGGAGGACAUUGUGGGCGAGAUAAAACCGUUGCCUUAGUUGAGGAGUGUGACAUGCCAAAGCAAUGGGACCGGUAUCUUGCUCCUGCUGAGUUUGCUUUUAACAACACUGUCAACCGUUCCACGGGCAAGUCUCCGUUUGAGAUACAAGAGGGUGUGAAGCAACAGCUAGAAGCUUCCACUACAGUUUACAAAGUUGCUGCAGAUAAACAUCGUCGCCUCAAGGUCUUUGCUGAGGGUGAUGAAGUAAUGGUCUACCUCCGCAAGGAACGGUUUCCUGUUGAUACAUAUAACAAGCUGAAGCACAAGAAAGUUGGUCCCCGUCGAAUUGUGAAGAAAAUCAAUGAUAAUGCCUAUGUUGUUGAUCUUCCUAGUGACCUCAACAUCUCCCCGACAUUCAAUGUGGAUGAACGGAAGCUGUUUCAUGGCUUCGGUGGUCUUCAGCUGGGGUUGAAUUUCGGUGGAGAAGAGGGAUGGAACUUUGGACGUGAGAUGGCAGAGGGUUCAACGAGAGAGAGAGGAAGUGGUGGAGCUGCAGUCUCGUGGAUUGAAGGAUGCCCGGCAAGAGGAGUCAACAACCAAAAUAGGCCAAGGAAGUUUGACUCAAUGGAGGCUUCGUUCGUGGGCUUCUGUGGCUGCGAGGAAGAGAGUGAGUGGAGAAAUUGGUGGACGUUGGAUGAUGGAUUGCUUACGCUCACGGGCCUGCUGAAGAAGGCAGCAUGGGAUUUCCCCGAUGGGAGAGCUGUCUCCGCCUGUGGAGAGUUCGACCUGACGCAUGCGCGGCUGCAGGAGCUCGUUGACCACGCCGCUGCGCUCCUCGCCGCCUCCAACAUCGGUGCCGGCGACGUGGUCGCGCUUGCUUUUCCCAACACCAUCGAGUUUGUGAUCCUGUUUCUGGCGGUAAUCCGUUGCCGAGCCACAGCAGCUCCGCUUAACCCCAUUUACACAGCUAAGGAGUUCAAGUUCUAUCUUUCCGACACAAAACCGAAGCUCCUAGUAACACCCCACGAAGGAAACCAACGGGCUCAAUCCGCUGCUUCCAAUCUUAACAUCCGCUGCCUAACCGCCAAGCUUCGCUCCGCCAAUUCCAAGAUCACUCUCUCUUCGAAUGACAAAGAGCAGAGUCUCGACUUGAUGUCCAAAGUCGUCAACGAUCCCUCGGAUGUAGCUCUGUUCUUGCACACCCCUGGCACUACGAGUCGCCGCAAACGCAUGCAGCUAACUCAGCGCCAUUUGGCUUCAUCUGUUCGGAACAUCAAGCGGGAGUUUGAACUAACGGAGUCAGACUCUACAGUGAUUGUGCUUCCGUUGUUCAAUGUGCACGGCUUAGUUGCUGGAUUAUUGAGUUCUUUAGCUGCCGGAGCUGCCGUGGCCCUCCCGGCAGCUGUUAGGUUCUCGGUGCCUACAUUUUUGGGAGAUAUGAAGUCAUACAAUACCACAUGGUACAUAGCGGACGCUUCACUCCACCAGAUCAUCCUGGACCGCCACCUCAGCAAGCUAAAGCUGGCUUACCCGAAGCUUCGAUUCAUAGUGAACUGCAGCGUGUCGCUCGCGCCAUCUAUCCAGGCUCAGCUCGAGGAGGCAUUUGGUGCAGCCGUGGUCGAGGCUUAUGCAAUGAUGGAGGCUACUCACUUGAUGGCUUCAUACCCCUUGCCCGAAGAUGGUGAGCAUGAGCCCGGGUCAGUCGGGAGACCCAUGGGGCAGGAGAUGGCGACUUCGGAUGAGCAUGGGGCCAUACAGGCGGCGGCAGGCGCGAGCCACGAAGUGUGCAUAAGGGUACCGAACGUGACCGAGAGAGGUGGAGAAGAAGGCGACCCUAACUUAACCAUGGAGUUUGAAAAGUUAAGUGGACCGAAGAAGUUCUCCUAUGAAGAGUUGAUGAUCGCCACUGCAGGUGGCAAGAUUCUGGGAAAAGGAGGUUUUGGCGUCGUGUACGAAGGGCACUUGAGAGACGCUCGCACACAGGUCGCCGUGAAGAUAAUAAACUCUGAUUCGCACCAAGGGAUAAAAGAGUACAAAUCCGAGGUGAUGACGUUAGGCCAACUUAGGCACAGAAACUUAACGCCACUUACAGGCUAUUGUCACGAGGCAAAUAAAUUUAUCUUGGUUUACGAAUUCAUGAGAGAAGGUAGCUUGGAGGAUCAUCUGUUUAAAGGUAGAUCCUUGUUGACGUGGGAAAGGAGGUACAACAUCGCUCUAGGAUUGGCCUCAGCAGUGUACUACUUGCAUGAACAAUGUGAUCAAUGUGUGAUCCAUAGGGAUAUCAAAUCUAAUAAUACCAUGCUUGAUGAAAAGUUCAACGCCAAAUUGGGAGACUUCGGAUUGGCUAGGCUAGUAGACCACGCUAGAGGGCCAAAAACAACUGAAUUGAUAGGAACACGGGGCUACGUGGCUCCAGAAUACUAUAUAUCUUGUAAGGCAAGUAAGGAAACCGAUAUCUAUAGUUUUGGAGUCGUCCUUUUGGAAAUAGGUUCCGGGAGAAGAGUCAUCGACUCGAAUCGAGACCCAAUAGGUCUCGUAGAGUGGUUAUGGAAGCAAUAUGGGUCCAAGAAGUUGGUCCAUGCGGUGGACGAGAGGCUGGGCAAGGAUUUUGACAAGAAACAAGCGGAGGCCUUGAUGAUUGCGGGGCUGUGGUGUGCUCAUCCCAUUGCUACUUCUCGGCCUUCGAUUGAAGAGGCAAUGGCCAUUUUAAACUUGAAGGGAAAGGUAAAGCUUCGCAAACUCCCCUCGAAGAGGCUACGGUCCCAACAUAGUAUUGAUCAGGUCUUGCCUAGAUGCUUGGGGUUUUGGGCAGAUGCCUCGCUCUGAGUGCAAGCAAUGAUGCCUCUUUUAGUGUUACAUACAUGUUUGUAUGUCAUCUUCAAGCAAGAUGUUGUAUCUGUGCGUUUGGCUUUUAGGCAAGCGCCUUGUAGAUGGUAGGCAACGGUGUAUCUUUUAAUGUUAUAUAUGCGCAUUUGUGCUUAGAAUGGUGUGAUAAGAUACUCAAUUAAGAGUUUGAGACCAAAUUGGGAGAUUUUGGAUUGGCUAGGCUAGUGGACCAUGCUAGAGGGCCCAAAACAACUGAAUUGAUAGGAACAUUGGGUUAUGUGGCUCCAAGAUACUGUGCAACUGGUAAGGUAAGUGGGGAAACUGAUGUCUACAGUUUUGGAGUCAUCCUUAUAAAUAGAAUCCGGAAGAAGAGUCAUCGACCUAGAACGAGACCUAAUAGGCCUCACAGAGUGGUUAUGGAAGCAAUAUGGGCCCAGGGAGUUGGUUCAUGCGGUGGAUGAGAGACUCUACAAGGAUUUCGACAGGAAAUAGGCAAGGGCCCUAAUGACUGUAGGGCUAUGGUGCACUCAUCCCAUUGCUACUUCUCGGCCUUCGAUUGAAGAGGCAAUGGCCGUUUUGAACUUGAAGGCAAAGGCAAAGCUCUGCGAGCUCCCCUCGAAGAUGCUGCAAUUCCCACUUAGUAUUGAUCGGAAGGUAUCGCCUGGAUGCCUUGGGUUUUAGGCAAAAUGCCUUGCUCUGAGCGCAAGUGAAUAUGCCUUUUUAGUGUUACAUAAAUGUUUGUCCGUCAUCUUCAAGCAAGGCGUUGUAUAUGUCUGUGCGUUUGGCUUUUAGGCAAGUGCCCUUGUAGAUUGGCGGGCAAUGGCGUCUCUUUCAAUGUUGUAUAUGUGCACUUGCACUUAGAAUAGUGUAACCUGUAAUCGGAGUACUGCUUGGAUCCUUAAUGUCUAGUUACAGGAUAACCUCACCAAGCAGCAAGAAGUUUCCCUUUCAUGUUGGGACCGCCUCGCCUGCCUGGUAACCUAAAUGAGCUAAUAGGAUUACGUUCCUUAUUUAACAUGCUGGUAUCCACACGCCCAACACCCUCUAAGUUCCCCUCUAUAUAUUUGUUUUCUCCAAGAGGAGAGAAUGCCCUUUAAGUGCUUUACAUCGUGCAACU